UAUGAAUCAAAUUGGUGAAAAAUAAAUAAAUAAAAAUUUCAUCAAUUAUAUUUUCCAGAUUCAAAUCCAACAUUUAUAUUUCUGCAAAACCCUAACAACACUAUCAAUUCAUCAAUGGCGAAUUCUUUCAGAAAACCGGCGAUAUUAGACCCGAUGUACUACCCUAUCAUCGCUUUACUCAUCGCACUUAUAGCCUGUGUUGAACUUUCCGACGCCGUUACCGCCGUUGAUGUUUACCGGCUUGUUCAAUAUGAUAUCUCCGGCGUACCUUUCGGUUCUCGGCUCGCUACUCUUAAUCAUCACGCCGGCUCAUCGUUUUUUGGUUCUGGCUCUAGUUCUGAUCUUUCCCGUACGGUUCUCAUUCUUCCAGUUCGUGAAUUGAACCUCACUCUCAUUACAGAAUAUAUUGAACAGAAAAAGCUAUUAGGGGGUUUGCUGCUUUUACUCCCCCCAAAAUUUAGACCAGAAAACACAGGCAGCACAUUUGGUGCUGAUGAGGAUAUUGACAGCUUGAGGAACAAAUUGGUCGAGUUGGAAUGGCUGCUUACACAUUCCAAUAUCCCUUAUCCUGUAUAUUUUGCUUUCGAGGAUGAUAAUAUCAAUGCUGUAUUAGCUGAAAUUAAGAGAAAUGAUGCUAGUGGUCAACCUGCAACAGCUACUACAGGCGGCUACAAGCUUGUUGUUGCUGCCUCAGAUCCCAAGAGAAUUGCGCCCCCAAACAUUGCAAAUAUUCAGGGAUGGUUACCAGGGCUUAAAGUUGAUGGAGACUCGAAUCAGCUACCAACUAUUGCCAUAGUGGCUUCAUAUGACACGUUUGGGGCUGCUCCGGCAUUGUCGGUGGGAAGUGACAGCAAUGGAAGUGGUGUAGUGGCACUUCUUGAAAUAGCUAGAUUGUUUUCUGUUCUGUAUUCAAAUCCUAAAACUAGAGGUAGAUAUAACUUACUCUUUGGAUUGACAUCUGGUGGCCCGUAUAACUACAAUGGAACUCAAAAGUGGCUUCGGAGUUUUGACCAACGUCUACGUGAGAGUAUAGACUAUGCCAUCUGCUUGAAUAAUGUUGGGUCCCUAGGAAAUCAGUUACAUCUUCAUGUUUCUAAACCUCCAGAAAAUGCCUACAUACAGCAGAUAUUUCAGGGUUUCUCUACUGUAGCAGAAGAAUUGGGGCUUCAAGUUGGUCUUAAGCACAAGAAAAUAAAUAUCUCGAAUCCUCGAGUAGCCUGGGAGCAUGAACAGUUUUCAAGGUUGAGAGUCACUGCAGCAACACUUUCUGAACUUUCUACUGCACCUGAAUUACUGGAAAGCACGGGAGGUCUGACUGAUAACAGGCAUUUUACCAGUGAAGCCUCAAUCAUUCGAAGUAUCAAGCUUGUUGCUGAAAGUCUAGCAAGACACAUUUACAGCCAGGAGAAGAAAAGCAUAAGCAUAUUUGCAGAUGAUAGUAGCUUAGCCGUCAAUCCUUCCUACAUAAGGUCUUGGCUAGAUCUCUUAUCCACAACACCUCGAGUGGCACCUUUUCUUUCAAAAAAUGACCCGCUUAUUAAGGCACUGGAGAAGGAAUUAACUGAUCAUACUGCAGAGGUGAAUGUACAGCAUGAGACUCUAGAUGGAACGUUCACUUUUUACGAUUCAACUAGUGGGAAGUUGCAUAUAUAUCAGGUUGCCAGCGUGACAUUUGACUUACUUUUGCUGUUGGUUCUAGGAUCAUACUUGAUUACACUUUUCAGUUUUCUUUUUAUCACCACGAGGGUACGUAUUCUGGUUUCAGUUACUCUUGAUUCCCUUAUUUUGGUGUACCAAUCAAAUACAAAGACGAAGAAAAGAAAAUGCGAACUCAUCCAACCAAUCUGAUGGUAUUGUUCGACAGGGUCUUGACGAUCUUAUUAGUCUAUUCCGUCGUCCCUCAUCACGGAAAGUAAAAAGCACUUGAUUCCUGAAGUCGGAGGACAUUUCUGCAUCAGGCGCUUGUAAGCAUUACUUUUUGUAACCUUAAGGAAGCUCAUCUUUGGCCAAGUUGUUAUCAUUGGUUCAAUGUGUGUUAGUGUAAACGUUUAAGUUCCACAUAUUUUGCGUCCGUAGCUAUCCCAUAGUCAUUUUCUCUACUCAGAUACAAAAAUUCAUUCUCGUAGCUGGCUUUUUAUCUCAUAAAAUUAUGAGUUCUAAACAUGUAAACCAGCUGACGUAGAGCGUCAAUUUUGGUCGAUUUGAAUGUAAUUUAUGUUCUGAAAAGAUGCAGGGGUUCUGUUUU